AUGACGACCGAUCAAGCAGCCGAGAAGGAGCUCCAGUCCUCCUUGCUCCGCAUCUCGAUCAUUUGCGCAUCCUCCAUUCAAUCGCUGCGCGAACCGGUCCAGCCAACGAUUCUCCCGGCAGACGAUGACCAGGCCUCCUCGUCUUCAGUGCCACCAACGGCCGACAAGCUGUCGACGCAGAUCGUCUCGGAUCUCACACAGCUGCUCACACUCGUUCAAAAGCAUUCCAACAACCUCGCUGUAGCACUCAAGCCCAGCGCCAAAGCAUCGUCGGCGGCGAAAGCAACCGCAAAUGGCAGUUCUAAUGAUGUCGUUUCUCCGGUCUCUGGGCUGGAUGCAAAGUCACUCGAGGCGGCUCAGGCACAAAUCGUCUCUUUGGGCUCGGAUCUCCUUCCCAAGAUCGUCUUCCUCGCAAAGAAAGCGUGGAAGGACCGUGAAGUCUUCCAGAAGCGACCUCAAGCAAAUCAGAACGACCCAGCUCAGAUCGAGGAAAGGCGCAAACUCGAAAAGCUGGCAAAGGAGAUGGGCGGUCAGAUCAUGUCGGCAGACCAGCUCGGCCUGCCACCUUCCGAACGAGACGAUCUCGAAAAGAAGCUCGAAUACUCGCUUGGCAACUCUUUCGCCCGUGAGGUCCGCUCGGCCGUGGAAGAUGUCAUUGGCUCCAUAGCCGAUCUCUUCCACUCGCUACUCGACGACCGGGCAAAAAAGGCGCUCGAAAAUGCAUCGCAGGCUCGCGAUCGUGCCGACGGCGUCAUUGCCGGCGUCAGCAAGAAACUCGAAUCGCUCUCCGUCAACGGCAACGACAGCCCGGCAGAGCUCCGCAAGCGCACCCUCGCAGCCAACAAUCUCGUCUGGGAGACGUGCGCAAAAUACAUUGGCGAGAGGAACGCCGACGGAACACCACGCACCCUCACCUCCAUCGCCCCCAACGGCGUCCGCACCAAGGUCCACGUCAAAGGUCUCAGCAGGUCCAACCUGGAAGCAUGCAAGCGCAGCUGGAGCAACCGCGUCGAGCUCAUGCGCGAUGGUCUGCAAGAGCUCAAGGAGGGCAUCGAGGCGGAUCAGUCGCAGACCGGUGCCGCAGUCGACGCCGGAGAGGCCGACGAGUUCUCCUUCCCCGAUGCCACGCCUCUGUCGCCCGAGCAGAAGGACCGUCUCCGCCAGCUCUCGAACCUGGUCAAGAUGGGCAACCUAACACACGAGAACAUCCUCAAGGAGAUCGCCAAGUCCGACCCAGCCAAGAGCGGUAUCGAUCUGGACGAAGUCGAGGAGCUUGGCAAACAGCUCGAAGAGGCGCAAGACGAGCUGGUCGCUGCUUGCCUCUACGGCGAAGCGGAUGCUGGUCUCGAGGUCAAGAUGUUUGACCACGACGCUGAAGAGGACGAGGACACGGAUGCGAAUGAGGCAGCUGGCGACGAUGCCGAUGCGGACUUGACCGAGGAGCAGGCCAUUGAGAAGGCAGUCCUCCGCACGUUCGAGCAGUACGUUCAGGCCGUCGUCACUCUUUCGGCCUACGUGACUGACCGGGACGAGCUUGUGGAGCAGAUCAACAUCGCAAGCGCCACCGACGAGGAGGGCGCCUUUGCUAACGUGUUUGCCGCCAAGUUCAAUCAGCUGUCCAAGGUGCUGUCUGAGGCAAGCUCCGGCAUCGCUGUUCGUGGCGCCGCGUCGUCUUCUAGCGCGAACGGGGCUCAAUCAGCCCCGAGCGUACAGCACAAAUCCGUUGUUCAGGCUAAUGAAGACUUCAAGACCGAGGUCUUCGUUCAAGAACUUCAGUCGAUCGCCGACAAGCUCGGCUCCAACGCCAAGGUCACCGACCGAGCCAUCGCCGAACAGCUGGACAAAGCUGAUCCCUUGCGCCAGAUGCGGGCGGGCUACAUUUUGCCCACAUUCAAGGACGUCUGCAGCUCCGACUACCCAUCGACAUCAGCCGAGACAGCACCCGACGCAGAGUCGCUCUACAUGUGCGGUAACUCGCUGGGUCCGCUCUCGCGUCUGGGCAAGCAGUAUCUGGAGCAGGAGAUCGAGGCAUGGGGCCGCAAGGCGGUGCUUGGUCACUUUGAGCAUCCUUACGGCACACCGUGGACGCAGAUGGAGGGACGUGUCGGAGAACUUUGUGCCAACAUGGUCGGUGCAAAGAAGUCUGAAGUGGUGGUGAUGGGCACGUUGACGGGCAACUUGCACUCGCUCAUGGCUACGUUCUACCGUCCUGCCACCAAGCCUUUCGGCAUCGACUUUACCGGUGACGUUGAGGCGGGCAAGAAGGACGGCAGGAAGACCAAGCACAAGAUCAUCUUCGAACAGAAAGCAUUCCCGUCGGACCAGUACGCCCUGGCUUCGGUCAUCGAGCUCAACGGCUUCGAUCCGAAGACCUCAAUGGUUCCUCUGGUGCCCAAGGAGGGCAGCAAGACGCUCGAGACGGCCGACAUCCUGGCGACGAUCGAGAAGUGCGGCAAGGAGGGCGAGACGGCCAUGGUACUCAUCGGCGGCAUCCAGUACUUCACAGGUCAGCUAUUCGAGCUCGAGAAGCUCGCAGCCAAAGCACACGAGUACGACAUCCUGUUCGGUGUCGAUCUUGCCCACGCUUUCGCCAAUGUCCCUCUGGCACUCCACGACUGGGGCAUCGACUUUGCGUGCUGGUGCACGUACAAGUACGGCUCUUCGGGUCCAGGCGGCAUCGCCGGUCUGUUCGUGCACGACAAAUGGCACCACGCCAACCUCACGAGACAAGCAGGAUGGUGGGGACACGAGAAGGAGACGCGUUUCUCGAUGCCGGAUCAGUUCGUGCCCACCCGCGGUGCGGAGGGAUGGCAGACGUCGAACCCUUCGAUGCUCGACAUGGCCUCGCUCAAGGGUUCGCUCGAGACGCUGCUCAAAGCGACCGAGUUCGGCGAGCGCAACGCCCGCGACGAGGGUCUGACCGGCGAAGGCAAGCACGGCAAAGGCACCAUCAUGCCCAUUCUGCGGAGCAAGAGCCUGCGUCUCACCGCCUACCUCGAGACGCUCCUCCUCAGCCCAGGCUUCUUCCCGGACGGCUUCGACAUCCGCAUCGUCACCCCGCGCGACCCUCUACAGCGAGGCAGCCAGCUAUGCAUCCAAAUUCCGGAUCCACCUGCGACCGAGAAGCCCAAGGAGGAGCAGAAGCAGGAACAGCAGCAGGCCAGUGGGAAGGACGUCCCGCCGCCGAUCGAUGGCAAACGUCUCAUUGCGAGGGCGCACAAGAGGGCCGAGAAGCAGCGCGGUCUCGUGGCGGAUAUUAGGCAUCCGGAUAUGCUUAGGCUCGCUCCGCUGGCCCAGUUCUCGACGUACACGGAUGUCUGGAGGACCGCAGACGUGCUCAGGCAGAGUCUGCUGGAUGAGGUCGAGGCGAACAAGGCUUCAUAG